GUCGCCAUCCGAUCGUACGCGUGUACUCGGUUCGAUUCGUUUCCUGCCCGUGUUUACGUACGUUUACGUACGUACGUACGUAACCUACGAAUCGAAUGCGAGCAAGCUGAACAAUUUGCUUCAUCUGAUUCUGAGAUCUAGCUAUUUGCUUUCUAAUUCCAGCCAGAUAAAUCUGAAAGUGAAACCAAGAUGAGUGUCAGAACAUACAAUCCGUCCGUGAGAGUUGAUAACUGGAAUGAAGAUAUUUGUUUGGAAGAGGACAUAUUGAAAGAUUUCCAAGAGAGAAGAGACAGAGGAGAGUUGGCCAUUCAGCAAUCAUCAAAACUAAAAGAGACGAUUCUCAAAAAGGCCGAGUUGUCAGUGACACAGGAUGGGUUCCUCCACUUCGGCGACUGCGUCAUGCUGCGCAACGAGGCCGACGCCAAUCAGAUCAAGACGCAGCCCGGCGUGGAGCCCCGGCAGGCCAACACGCUGGCCGUCAACAUGUCGGAGAUGAAGAUGCACGAAUCGGUGCAGUUUGAAGGCACUUGCAACGUCAGCGGCAGCCGGAUACUGGAGCCCUGCGCCAGGAACACGUUCGCCAUACUUCCUGUGGAGGCUGGAAUUCCCGAGGGGACACCUCUCCGUUACGGCCAGCAUUUCUGUUUCUGUACGCUGCCUGGCAUUGGAGGCAGUUUGAAAUUAAAGACAGACAUAGCCACCUUCCAGUCGUCAGCCAAGAAGACUCGCAAGCAGCUGGUGACGUUUGAGGAGUGCACCACCUACCUGAUCCACUGGCGCAUCUUGCACUUUGACCCCCAGCUCAGGAUGGAGACAGAGGGCUUGCCUGUCCCGGCCAACCAAAAGAUCAUCUUUAACCAUUGCAAGACCAACCAGGACCUGUGUGUUAUCAGUGAUGCCACUGUUAGGACACCGUUUGGCCGUGAGUACGAGCUGGUAGCCUACACCGACCUAGACUCCCACAAGGCAGAGAAGGACGUCAACCAUUGGAUCAUCCAGACUGGUCACCCGCCGGAGCCCACUGGCCCUGCUGCCACAUUACCUCUGGGUACCCAACAGUGAAAACACUUGACAACAAAGGGGUUUUUGAAACUGCGGCUUUGCCUCAGCUUUGCCACACUUUGACUUGGGAUCAUUUAGAAGCACUGAAUGUCCACACCAAAUGGAAAGUCUAAAAUGUGACCUCAGAUUAUGGACUCUUUGCAUGAACCGUAUAGAUGGCGCUUUAUCACCACACAGUUGGAUGGACGCACCAAGUAUCUGAUAAAUAUUCUGAAUGUGUGCAAGUGUCUUUGCACGACUGUUUAAUAUGCAAAGACUGUUUCGGGGGCUAUUGGCAAUUCGUUCAAGAGACCGUACUAGUGGUCCCUCCCAAUUUAUUCAUUGUAACUGUUUAGAGAUUACUGAACUUGUGAAGGAAGUCUUUAAGCAAUUAGUCCCCUUUGUCAGGACCCUAACAUCUCUUGAGGGCAAAGCCGAGAUUUCAAAAACCCAGGAAUUUUGAAGGAAUAGGGAGUUUUAUAGUCUUCAGGCUAAAAGUGAGGAUUGGAUUUUUUUUGGGGGGGGGGGGGAAUUAGAGGACAUUAAUGUUGAUUUGUUUUUCUUGUGUAUUCAUUUGUACAAAUACAGUAUUUCCUCAGCUACACUCAUUUUGUUUGAGGGGGGGGGCAUUGGUCAACAUUUUAGUUACACAAAAAAUAAUUGAGAUGGUAGUCCCCUUUACUGUAUUCAAAGUUGUGCUUGAUAUCUGUUUUCCCAUAAUCACAUGUACAUUAUUUUCUCAUCACAAGCACGAGUUGUUAAAGUGAGUGAUCCUAGUGUUGUAAAUAAUAUAAAUAGUUAAGCUUUGUAUACAAGUAGUAAUGCACUUUCAAUAGUUUGACAAAAUACAUGUAGUUGCUGGAUGAAUUGAAUGCUAGUUGAACCACGUCUCUCCAAGCCCACCAAUGAGUUCAAGUCAAUCAACAAUGGAAGUAGGAAAUGCAAUUGCAAUUUUCUGUAAAAUAAAUAAAUGUGAAUAAGUGUUUGAAUAUCAAAAAGAGUUAAUGCUUAUUUCUCACCAGACAAUUGCACACAACUUGAAUGACUUCAUAUUUUGUUAAUUUAGGAGUCAAAUUCUUUAACUUUUUUGAAGCAGUGUUAAUUCCGUCCAAAUUACCUUUAUGAAAUUUUUCCUUCCAAAUUUUUUUUAUUGUACAUUACAUGUUUUUCCUGCUAAGAAAGUUUCAAUAAAUUGAAAGUUAUCAUUGAUAAA